ACCCAAUUUUCUUUUUUAUUUCUUUUUUUUUCAUAUAUUUAUUUCUAUAUAGGUUGUUUUAUUUUUUCACUAUUUGAUAAUGUCACACGAACAAGAUAUACAUCCUUUUGCUGUUCCAACUGAACAACGUCAUCAUUUCAAUUUGAACGAAUACGAAGGUUUACUAAACGAACUUAACCAACAAGUACGACAAAAACAACCUGAUGAUUUGUUACAGUUUUGCUCCUCUUUCUUUCUAAGAAAACUAGAAAAUGAACGUGCUCAACAUCGUGGUAUUGGUAUCUCUUCUGUAAAUAGUCCAUUUGGUCAUCAAGAUGAAUCCAUGUUUGAAGAAGACGAAUCUAGAGACGGUAUUAGUGAUCUUCAUACUAUUGCCAUGUCGACACUAAGUGGUCGUGGACGACGUACUUCAGUGAGCGCUGAGUCACUUCAACCUACAACAACACAUGAUUUUGUCAAGACAGUGGUACCAAAGACAGAUGAACAACGCGAACGUAUCCGUACAGCCAUUGGCAACAAUUUCUUAUUCAAGAAUUUAGAUGAAGAACAGUAUGUAGAUGUGGUGAAUGCCAUGGUGGAAAAACUGGUGAAUACUGGAUGCAAGGUGAUUGAACAAGGUGGAGUGGGCGACUAUUUUUACAUUGUAGAAUCGGGUACAUUGGACUGUCUGAUCAAUGGUGAAAAAGUGACGGAAUAUACCGCUGGGGGUAGUUUUGGUGAACUGGCGCUCAUGUAUAAUGCUCCACGUGCUGCUACCAUUGUGGCCACUUCUGACUGUGUACUCUGGGCUCUGGAUCGUGUGGCCUUCCGAAUGAUCUUGAUGGAAAACACGGCUCGAAAACGUCGUAUGUAUGAUCAAUUUUUGUCCGAAGUUCCUAUCUUCAAGUCCUUGGAACCCUAUGAACGUCAUAAGAUUGCUGAUGCGUUAGAACCUCUUCAAUUCGAAAAUGGUCAAGUCGUUAUCAAGGAAAACGAUGUUGGUGAAAACUUUUAUUUGAUUGAGAGUGGAAAUGCUAUCUUUUACAAAACUGCUCCUGAUGGUACUCAGCAAGAAGUCAAUCGAUUAUCAAAUGGUGAUUACUUUGGUGAAUUGGCCUUAUUGAAUGAUAAACCUCGUGCUGCCACUGUCGUUGCUGAUGGAAAACUGAAAUGCGUUACUUUAGGAAAAAAGGCAUUUACUCGGUUACUUGGUCCUGUCAUGGAUAUCCUUCAAAGAAACUCGGAGAACUAUCAUGCUAUUCUUAGACAAGCCAAUCAAUAAAUACUUUUUCUUCUCUUUAUUAUUAUUAUUAUUAUUAUUAUUAUUUUAUUAGGCUGUUUUCAUAGUUAGUUUAUAUGCUUCAUAUUCAAUUUUCUUUAUACACCGUUAGAUAAGUUCCUUCUUUUUACAUACUUGAAUAAAAA